AUGUAUCUAUCUAUCUAUCUCUUCAUUCCUUAUCUCCUUCCUUCCUUCCUUCCUUCCUAUCUAUCUAUCUAUCUAUCUAUCUAUCUAUCUAUCUAUCUAUCUAUCUAUCUCUUCAUUCCUUAUCUCCUUCCUUCCUUCCUAUCUAUCUAUCUAUCUAUCUAUCUAUCUAGUCUUUACCUUCAUUCCUUUUCUAUCUAUCUAUCUAUCUAUCUGCUUAAUUCCACAUUCGUGAUACCUUGUCUUUUGCCGUCCGCAGUUCCCGUCGGAAAACGUGAAUGCCCCGGCCGUAGGUCCUUCCGGUUGACGGAGGAAAUCGUUUCCUUCCCGUGUUCCGUCGAAGCGCUCACUUCAGUGAUCGAUAUUUGCAACGAAAGUCCUUGUCGUACGACUCACUGCUCGGAUCAGCCUCGUUCGUUUACAUUGCAGCGCGCUGGAAAACAGGGUCCCGCAGGAUACUUUGCCGGUCCUUCGUAUCUGGCUUGCAAACCGCGGAGACCAGCUUCUGUCGAGCCGCCAGACCUAGCGAGUAGAAUAAUACUAAAUGGUUUGUCGCCAUUCGUUGUCCUUCAACUCCCGAAAGUGAAAAGCCUUUCGCCGGUAUCUGUCUUCUCGUUCAGAUAUCUUCAAAUACCUGCUGCAACCUACUGGAAAUUCUGA